CACCACUCUCCACCGCGCCGUCCAUGCAUAAAAUGCCCGUUCCUGGCCGGCCUCACCGCUCCCGAUCCCUACUCCCCGCCCGCCCGCUUGUGAGUUGUGACUGACCCCCCGAUCGAUUGACCGACCCCAUGGCGCGGUGCAUGCCCCUCCUCGCCUCCCUGCUGCUGCUGGCCCUCGCCGGCGUCGCCUCCGCCGACAAGGCCCCCGAGAGCGGCUUCAUCGUCACCGGCCGCGUCUACUGCGACCCCUGUCGCGCCGGCUUCGAGACCAACGUCUCCAAAAACGUCGAAGGGGCGACGGUGGCGAUGGACUGCCGGCCGUUCGGCGGCGGCGAGAGCAAGCUCAAGGCGGAGGCGACGACGGACAACAAGGGGUGGUACAAGAUCGAGAUCGACCAGGACCACCAGGACGAGAUCUGCGAGGUGGUGCUGACCAAGAGCCCCGACGCGUCGUGCGCCGAGAUCGAGGAGUUCCGCGACCGCGCGCGCGUCCCGCUCACCAGCAACAACGGCAUGAAGCAGCAGGGCACCCGCUUCGCCAACCCCAUCGCAUUCUUCCCCAAGGAGCCGCGCAAGGAGUGCGGCGGCAUCCUCCAGGCUUACGACCUCAAGGACGCACCCGAGAACCCAUGA